AGUCAAGUCUACCAAACCAAACCAAAACAACCUCCCUCACCUCAUCAUCGAUCCAUCAUCACAAUCACACACACACAUUUCUGAAUUAAUCUACUCCGUAUAGCAUGACUAAAAUAUAAAAGUAAAACCAACCCAACCCAACGAAACCCAACGCGGACGCGGUGUACUCGACUCGUUCUCCGUCGAUCCAUCCAUCCACCCACCUACAACCCCGAAACAGAAAGCCAAGCCACCAAGCGAGAAAUCAAAUCCAAGCAAACCGAACCAAACCCGAGCUCCCGAGCUCCAUCCAUACAUCCAUGUCGUCUCCUCCCUCUGCCUCUCAAUGCUAAUGUCUCGCCGCCCCGGCCUCGCCACCAGCACAACGCGCCUCCUCGUGCUCGCCUUCCUCCUCGCCGUCGCCGCGGGCGCCGCGCCGCCGUCGCCGCGCCAGUUCUCCACCGUCGCCAUCUCCCACACCGCCAACAGCACGCUCGUCUGCGCCCUCAUCAUCGACAGGGUCAACGAGGAUGGCGGCGGCAACUCCAAGCUCCAGUGCAAGUCCAUGCCCGACGGCGGCCUCACGUCCUACCCGUCGGCUGACAUCCCCUUCAACGCCAUCGCCGCCGGCAAGGACUUCCUCUGCGGCCUCAUGGCGCCCGUCGGCGGCCACGCCGCCAUGCGCUGGUGGUCCUUCUCCGAGGAGGAGCAGGCCAGGCGGUCUCGCCCCGUAGGCCGGCGCAUCUACUGGGGCCCCUCGCUCCGCUCCAUGUCCGCCGGCGGCCCGCACGUCUGCGGCCUCUCCGACGACCACGACCCCACCUGCUGGGAGUGGCCCGGCCUCGACCUCCCCAAGGGCCUCGACUUCUCCCUCAUCGCCCUCGGCCAGGACUUCCUCUGCGGCAUCGUCAAGGGCAACGACACCGCCAUGAGGUGCUACGGCGGCCGCAUGCCGCCGACGCCCCAGUUCACGGCCGACGGGGUUGCUGUCACGUUCCAGACGGUCGCCGCUGGGCGCCGCCACGCCUGCGCCGUGGACAAGCUGGGCGGCCUCGUGUGCUGGGGCGACGGGAACCCCACGGUCCGUCUCGACGAGCUGCCGGCCGACAUGAUGGCCAUGGCGCUCGGCCGCAACACCACGUGCAUACUCGCCGGGAACGGCACGGUGAGGUGCUGGGGCGUGAAGGUGCCGGAGGAGUACACGCACACCACCUUCGUCUCCAUCGAGGCCGACGGCGACACGGUGUGUGCCGUCAUGACGAGCAACUACUCCGUCGUCUGCUGGGGGAACGACGGCCGCUUCGACGGGAGGCACCUCGUCUACAACAACACCAUGCCGGGAGCCUGCGCCCCUAAGAGUAACUGCUCCUGCAACAUCGUACCGGACUCAGGGAGGCUUUGCGGCACCGGCGGCGGAUUGGGCGGCGAAGAACUCGCCGUGUGCAGCCCGUGCAAGCAGCCACUGAACGCGUCCAGGAUCGUCGUCAGCAAUGGCAGUACGGCCCAGCUCGGUGACGACGGUGGUGAUGCGAAGAAGAAGAAGACGCUCUUCGUGGGGCUCGGCGUGGCCAGCGCCGGCGUCUUGGUGAUCAUCGUAGCAGGGCUGACGUUCUACGUGCUGGCGUCCAGGAAGUCGGACAAGAAGGCGCACGCCACCGUCCGGCUCGGGGAGUCGUCGUCCAGGCGGCUCUGCCGCGACGGCGACGUGGAGAUCAUGGUCAUGCCGGCGCGGGAGCGCUCGGCUUCGCAGCCUGCGCGACCGCUCGGGUGCGAGGAGUUCACGCUCAAGGAUCUCUCGCGGCUGACCAACGCGUUCGCGGAGGAGGCCAAGAUCGGGAGCGGCAGCUUCGGGUCCGUGUACCGCGCGAAGCUCCCCGACGGGCGGGAGGUCGCCAUCAAGCGCGCCGAGCGCGCGUCCACCGGUGCGCGGCGGCGGAGGCGGUUCGACGCGGAGCGGGCGUUCCGGUCGGAGCUGAGGCUGCUGUCCCGCGUCAACCACCGCAACCUGGUGUCCCUCCUGGGCUUCUGCGAGGAGCGCGGCGAGCGCAUCCUCGUGUUCGAGUUCAUGCCGCACGGCGCGCUCCACGACCACCUCCACGGCGAGGACGCCGGGUCCGGCCACUCCCCGCUCUUCUCGUCAUGGGAGGCGCGGCUCCGCGUGGCGCUGGACGCCGCCCGCGGCGUCGAGUACCUGCAUUGCUACGCCGUGCCGCCCAUCAUCCACCGCGACAUCAAGCCGUCCAACAUCCUGCUCGACGACGACUGGACGGCCAAAGUCUCCGACUUCGGCCUCUCCCUCGUGAGCGGCGCGUCGGCGUCGGCGAGCCCGACGACGACGUCGGGGACGGCCGGCACGGUGGGGUACAUGGACCCGGAGUACUACCGUCUCCAGGAGCUGACGGAGCGGAGCGACGUGUACAGCUUCGGCGUGGUGCUGCUGGAGCUGGUGACCGGAAGGAAGGCGAUCCACCGGGACCAGAGCCAGGAAGGGAGCGGGUCGCCGAGGAACGUGAUCGAGUUCGCGGUGCCGGCCGUGGAGGGCGGAAACAUCGACAAGAUCCUCGACAGCCGGGUGCCCGCGCCUCGGGGGCACGAGGUGGAGGCGGUGGCGCGCGUGGCCAAGAUCGGCGCCGAGUGCGUCCGGCCGCGCGGGCGCGGGCGGCCGGUGAUGUCGGAGGUGGUGGCGGAGCUGGAGUGGGCCGUGACGCUCUGCGAAGAGUGCGUGGUCCGGUCGGCGAGCGGCGGGCGGAACAGCAGCUCCCGGAACGGCGGCUCCGACAUGUCGCGGUCGAGGUCGAGAUCGGAGUCGGAGGACCGGAGCCCGUACCACACGCGCGAGUUCAGCUUCGGGUCGGGCCGGGUCGCCGGCGUCGGACAUGCCAGGUCCUACUCAACCAUGUAAAGAUUUGAUCUUUUUUUUCUUCUUUUACGGUGUCUGUGUAGGAAGGGUGAAUUAGUUAUUGUCCAUAAAAUUUUACAGGAAAAAAUACAGUGAGAAAUCAAAACAAGUUCUCAUAAUUUUGCAAGAGAUGGAUGGAUCGAUCAAUGGGUUUGCUGUAAAUUGUGGCGGUUAAUUUAACGUUUUGUGGUUCGUGGAGAAGAUGAAAUGAAACCACAGAGUAUGUAGAUUUAGGGGAAAUUUUAGUAGUGGUGGGUUUGUACGUACUUGGUAGGUUGUAGGUAGAGCUAUACUUAAAAGCUCAACAAACAGCUGUUGAUUAUAUAUACAUAAAUGAAAAAUAGGGUCAUAUGGUA